AUGGCGGCAAGCUUCCUGCGGCCACAGCUGGUCCGCACCUCCAAAGCUGCCCUAAACUGCGCUGCAUGCGCCAGAAGUCGCACCUCCCAACUCUCCAGAUCUCGCUUCUCUAGUCGACUCUAUCCCUCAAUAGCAAGGUCUUAUGCCACAGUAAAUCCAGGCGAGCCGAAGCCUCCGCGGAAGAAUUCCAGAGACGAUAAAUCGCCUGCCGACCAAUCCUCCAAAUCUCCUGGACCUGAACCAGACAAGAACGAGAAUGGAGAAUCAACGAGCUCUCAGCCGGAAUCGGCAGACUUUUCGCCCCUUACUGCUGAAGAAUCCAAGCAGAUAGAUGACAUUGCCAACAUGAUCAAAAGUGGCUUACCCAAGUCUCAACGGAAGGCGGUUGAUGAAGCCAUUGCCUUGAUAAAGAAAGGUGGAAUGCCAAUCGAGUUACGAGAGAUUCUGGAUGCCCAACAAAAAGAUCCGAAUCGACGCAUCGAUCUUGCUACAACCGUGCGGUUAGUGGGUGUCUUCACCAAGAUGUCCCGAAUGAACAUUGCGGAAGUACGGGCGAAGUAUGGCAAGGAUGUUGACCAAAACAAAGCCGAACCUGAGAAAGAAGAGACUGAAGAACCACGUCUCUUUGAACAAUCCAAUAAACAACAAGAUCGUGAGCAAGGUCGCGAGAAGGGUAAAAAGAAAUCCGACGGUCCAAAACCGUACACCUUCGAUCUCAAGAUGGAUACAGGUACCAUUAUCAUGUCAUCGUUGGUGUCAUACUACAUCUAUUCGACCCUCUUCCCUGGAGAAUCCUCAAGAGAUAUUACAUGGCAAGAAUUCAGAACCACUUUCUUCGACAAAGGUCUUGUUGAGAAAUUGACCGUCAUCAAUCGCAAUCGUGUUCGGGUUGAAUUACAUCGGGAGGCUCUCAAGAACAUGUAUCCCCAGUCACCCGCGGUUGACCCCAAGUUUCACUACUACUUCUCCAUCGGCUCCGUUGAGGCUUUCGAGCGAAGACUGGACGAAGCACAUGCGGAACUUGGCAUCUCAAGCAGUGAGAGAAUUCCUGUUGCGUACUCCGACGAAAUGCCAUUGAGUGCAGCCAUCUUUUCCUUCGGACCUACAAUCCUAUUCGUUGGUGCCUUGUUCUGGCUAUCUCGCCGAGCAGCAUCCGGUGCUGGUGGUCAAAGUGGCAUCUUUGGUAUCGGCAAAUCAAGAGCGAAGAGAUUCAAUCACGAAACCGACAUCAAAACUAAAUUCGCGGAUGUUGCUGGUAUGGAUGAAGCCAAAUUAGAGAUCAUGGAAUUCGUGUCUUUCUUGAAGGAUCCUUCAAAAUACCAGAGUCUCGGUGCCAAAAUUCCUCGAGGUGCAAUUCUUUCAGGGCCUCCAGGUACUGGUAAGACUUUAUUGGCAAAGGCGACUGCUGGUGAAUCCGGUGUACCGUUCUUCUCUGUUUCCGGUUCGGAAUUCGUGGAAAUGUUUGUUGGUGUCGGUCCAUCUCGUGUGCGAGAUCUAUUCAGCAAUGCUCGAAAGAAUACUCCUUGUAUCAUCUUCAUCGACGAAAUUGAUGCCAUCGGAAAGGCAAGAGCUAAGUCAAAUUUCGGAGGUGGCAACGAUGAACGUGAAUCUACUCUCAAUCAAAUUCUGACAGAGAUGGAUGGUUUCAACACAUCAGAACAGGUUGUUGUCCUUGCAGGUACCAAUAGGCCCGAUGUUCUGGACAAAGCCUUGAUGCGCCCCGGUCGUUUUGAUCGACACAUCUCGAUUGAUAGGCCUACCAUGGAUGGUCGAAAGCAGAUCUUCAAGGUACAUCUGAAGAAGAUUGUCACCAGUGUCGACAUCGAAUAUCUUACCGGCCGCCUUUCAGCGCUAACACCUGGAUUCUCUGGUGCUGAUAUUGCCAACUGUGUCAAUGAAGCAGCUCUGAUUGCCGCUCGUGCCAAUGCUACAACAGUUGCAAUGACACAUUUUGAGCAAGCAAUUGAACGUGUCAUUGGUGGUCUGGAGAAGAAGUCUUUGGUGCUCUCACCAGAAGAGAAGAAGACUGUUGCAUACCAUGAAGCUGGUCACGCUAUCUGCGGUUGGUUUUUGAAAUAUGCCGAUCCUCUACUGAAGGUCUCUAUCAUUCCACGAGGUCAAGGAGCAUUGGGUUAUGCUCAAUAUCUUCCUGCCGGUGGAAAUGAUGCAUAUCUCAUGAACGUCAAGCAACUAAUGGACCGAAUGGCCAUGACUCUUGGUGGACGUGUCAGUGAGGAGAUUUGGUUUGACUCCGUCACGAGUGGUGCAUCAGAUGAUUUCAACAAGGUCACCCGUAUGGCUACUGCAAUGGUCACUGAAUGGGGUAUGUCGGAGAAGAUUGGUUAUCUCAACUACAAAGAUGAUGAGCAGCGUCUACACAAGCCUUUCUCCGAGGAGACGGCGCGAAACAUUGAUGCUGAAGUUCGUCGUAUUGUCGAUGAGGCAUACAAACAAUGUCGAGACCUACUUCUGGAAAAGAAAGACCAGUUACAGGCUGUGGCUGAGGAGCUAUUGAAGAAAGAGAUGCUGGUGCGUGACGAUCUGGUUCGGAUCCUCGGUAAGAGGCCUUUCGAAGAUGCUGGAGAGUUCCACAAGUACUUCGAUAAUACUGAGGGAAAAAGUGCACCACCUCCUCCGCCUACAGAAGAACCGGGCCCAUCCGGUGCUAUUCCUGAAACACCUUCUCCAGCCUUCAAGCGACACGAGCUAUGA